AUGGAGAACGGCCUCUCCUCAGAGCAGACCUCUGGUGCUCUGCCGCCGCCGCCGCCGAUGUCGACGCAGCCAUCCUCCUGGUCAUGGCGCCCUAGCCCGGCGGGAAUGGACGGGCCUCCUAUGUCGGGGCCACCCCCAACAUGGCCGCCUCCUACGUGGCCGCCGCCCGUCCAGAAUCCGACUGCGACGGUCCAAUCGCCUCCUGACGCGAGCCGACAGUUCUCGUACCCAAUGACCGAGACGCCGCCCACUACGACAUUCGCUUCGCCGCGUCCGACCCAGCCAGAGCCAGCUACAGCCCAAGCGCCAACCACGACGACGCGACCGCUGCAGCCGCCUCCCCCGGCAUCUCCUUCUCCUCUCGCUUCGUUGCCAGCUCCUCCGUCGUCGCCGACACGUACGGCGCCUGCUCAAGCGGCGACGCGUCCUCCGGCGCCUGCUCGUAAGGGCGCCGGGAAAAAGCGGAAGCGAGGCGGAAAGCCCAAAGAAGAGCGUCGUAAUCGAAAGAACUGGGCGGAGGGCGUGCGCGAAGAAUUCAUGAAGCCCUACGUCCCCCGCUACGUCGACGCCGUCGCCAAAGGAGGGUGGCCUGCUGGGCAGGCAGUCAUUCGCGAGUUGUGCGCCGAAUACCACGCCAAGAUCCCGUGGACCCUACCUUACACCAAGGAACCUACGACACCGCUGCCGGAGUACGAUCCCUUGAACCCUCCUGUGCUCGAGCCCUUGUCCGACGAGGAGGAGGCGGAACGAUCCGCGAUUCUCACCGAGCUGAAUGGGAUGCUCCAUCGUUGGGUGCAUUGGCGCGCGAAGAAGGUUCCUGGGUAUCGGCAGCAGUAUCGUGCCAACCGAAACAACCCCUUCGACCGCCUCGUACUCCAACUCUGCGGUAUGAGCCCUAAAGGUGCCAAGAAAGCGCUUCAGCCCGUUCAGCAAUACGCACACGAGCACCCGGACGCCUCCGUAGCGGCCGGGGCGGCAUUCGAGGACGAGAUGGCCUCCAAAGGCUUCGUCAUGAACGGCAAAAAUAUGAUCGAGAAGCAGUCCGUCAAUUGGACCAUGGGCUGGAUCAAGAAGAACUACUUCGACAAGCUGCCGGCGUCGGAGAAGGCUGGCUAUGGCGCGCGCGCUCGGCAGACCGCACGGGAGGAGAAGGAGGCUUGGGAGAAGGCUCUAAAAGAGCCCCCCAGACGCGAUGCGAAGUCCAUUCAGAAGGCGUGGGACUGCCUAGACGCGUUUGUUGAGCCCCUCCUCCGCGGCAUCGUCUCGCGCAUGGAUGGGAACGUCGUACUACUUGUCGGUGCGCGCUUGCCCGAGGAAGGUGGUAAACCUAAAGCCAGACACUUCGUCAUGGGGAAGAAUCUUGAAGGCCUCCCGUUCUCGCUAUGGGAUGAGUCCCACUACCAGAAGGAUGUAUUGGGCUCGUGGUUGGAGUACAUUGAGACAAUCUGGAGUCCCGAGGAAUGCGCGGCCGUUGACCUGAAUGCUCCAGACGUUCAUACUCCCGGCAGCCUCGGUAGGACGGAGUUCACGGCGCAAGAAAUGGAGGACGACGACGAGAGCGACGGCGAAGACAAUGACGAGGACGAGGACGAAGUACCGCUCGCGAAUACUAGCGGCAGCGCGCGCAAGCGGCAGAAGAAGAACACCACGUCGUCCUCCAUGGACACUCCCUCCCUCGAUCAGACCCCCGCCUUCGCGUCUCAGCAACCUGUCGGCCUGCCGCUCCAGCAUUCUCGACCCGCCCCCGAGCCCACUGAGCAGCUCACGCCUGAGCGCGUUGAGCAGCUCUGCCCCGAGCGCGUCGAGCAUCUCACCCCCGAGCCUAUCGAGCAGCGUGAGCCGGUUAAGCCGGUCGACCCUCUGCUCAUCGAUCCUCUGCUCCUCGGACAGGUCAACCCUCCGCCCAUCGAGCCCGAGCAGCCUGUAGCAUCGCGUCGGCAGAGCGCACGUUCGUCGGCGCUACAGCGUCAACGCGAACACGCCCCGUCGGCGAUCACACGCGAUGAGGCUGCACGACGUGCAGGGGUUGCCACCUCUGUCAAUGGCCCGGAUCUGCGUAACACAUCCAGCGCGCCCUCAGAGUCGCCUCCCAUCCCUGCUUCCGCAUCACGCGCGAGUCUUCAACCCCCAUCUCCCACUACACGCGCGCCCUCCCCUACAGCGCCCGCGGCCGUCGUCUCAGCGGUACAGCUUCCCCAAAGCGCUCGCGAAAACACGGCAGCUGCGUGGUUCCGCGAUGCGUGGCAGUACGUUGCUCAUGACUUCGGGCCUGACUGGGAAGCACUCCUCCGAGACUAUGCGUUGUGGGAGGAGGCAUAUGCUUACAGCAACGCGAAGGGGGUUGCAAAAGCACUACCCACACUCAACACCCGUCCGAAGGAAGUCGGGGUCUGGGUCAGUCACGCACGAUGGAAUCGCGGCCUUAGCGGCGAGCCCGACCUGAAAGACUUCUCGUCUGCGCAGGGCCUCCUUCGUAGAUGGUGGGAGUGGUACCGUCGCCUGUCUCCCAGCUGGCGGAACACUCGAGCAGACGGGACGCUCGAACCGUGCACGGUGUCCGAGGACGACAUGGGCAAGCUGGAGUGUAGCGGGAUCAACGGUGUCCUAAAUCUCGUCGUCGUGUUGAAGCGACACGCACGCCACUCCGAUGUAUUGGUGCCCGUGGCUCAACGGCGUCGCGUGCAUGAAGAGGGCGACGAUGUGGACGCAUGGCAGCCCACAAUAGCGCCGUCGCGCUCGGACACCCUCGAGGAGUACAUACCCUUCUUCAUGAUGGGCGAGGGCGUUAGCUGCGAGGACCAGGUUAUCGAAGUGACCGACGCGUCUACCGGCAAGCGCAAGAGAUACGCGUCGUGCUGGAGACCUUACGACCAGAUGUUCCUCCACGAGCUUCUGCGUCAUGAAGGCCUCGCCGGCGAUCAUCAGAACCUGAACACCUGCCGCUCCAUCGCAUCGCGCCCGUGCAACGAACUCAAGUUGGCUGAACAGCGCUGGACCGGCGAUUUCUGGGACAAGCUGGUCUCACUCAAGGACCUCGGGCUCGUCUACCAAGUCGGUCAUGGUGGACUGCCGUGCCCCGCGCCCCAGCCAACGGUCUACUCGAUGACCGUGAUCGCGGCCACUCACAUAUGCCGCGUCAACAUUCGAUAUUGUGCCUGCUCUCGCGGCGAGCGCGCCAAUCACGUACAACAACUACUUCGCGAAGGGUGGUAUCCUGCCACCGUUAUCGAGCCCGGCACAUGCGCGCUGUUCUCCGCGCUCGACCACUUCAUGCUGCUCACCGCCAUCGCGAAUACCAACGUCCGCGAUUUCAUUACCUCACUGCAAACCUCGGGGAAUGCGCUCCGAUUGCUGCCCCUCGCAAACCGCUUUCGCAAGAACGCGCGCUCGGACGCAGCUCUGGGCGGCGGUUCUGGCUGCUUCGUCGAACCUCAGCAAUUCAAGGAGCACCUCAAGGGAUAUGUAAAUGAGGAAGAUGUCAGCACUUGCAUUUCGUUUGCGGCGCUCAUGGAGAAGGACACGAAGUUAACAACAGGCUGCCGUGUAUCUGGAUGCGGCGCAUGUUCUUGUACGCGCCACGAGACCAUACGGCCCAACGGCCUCGGCGAUCUUCAGAAGGGAGAGAGAUAUGCGAAUAUGGAUUAUAUAUUUUGGUCCUCACUGCAGGGGGAGCAAGUACCCCGAGUAAUGCUCACAUACGACAUCGGCUGCCAAUGGAAGAAAGGACUCCUCGCCCGCGUGCAGAAAUUGCCCGCCGCCAUCCAGCCCAAGUUUUCCAACCAGCGGCCCAUCUUCGACGUCGACGUUUGCCUGCCUGUCUGGCAUGGCAAUGUCCACGAUAUUGCCUGCCGUAGCGCGAACUCCGUACGGUACGCGUGUGGUGCCGGAAAGCCUGACGGCGAGGGGCCAGAGCGAAUCUGGUCGCAGAUGAACAGUAUGGCGGCGGCUACUAAGGAGAUGGGGGAAGGGGUGCGCGACGGUGUCAUCGAGCACUGGACAGCGCAUCACAAUGUCCAGAAGAACGUGGGGCAAGGCCAUGUCCUUGAGGGUCGCCACAAGCUUGCAACAGCGCAGCGAGAGCAACGCCGCGCAGAGCUCCUCGACAUCGAGCAGGCCCUGGAGCCGCAAGUGCUCAAGACCUGGCAGAAAAUGUACGACGAGUACGAACGCGACGAUGUCAGCAAGCCAAACCCGUUCAUGCCUCAAGUUUCUGAAGGACCUUCCGAGCAGGGUGUUCGCGCCCAGCUAGUGCGCGACGAGGCCGAAGACAUCAAGUUGGGCCGAACUCCCAUGCGAGCGACGACGAAAGCUGCCUUCGUCGUUCUUGGCUUGCAGCUUGAGGAAAUGCAACGUCGCAUUGCAGCGAUGGCCGCGGACAUCUCCCUCGCCGCCCUGGACCGCGACAGGAAGGUCCAAGAACAACGUGUCGCGUGGUUCAAGAAGUUGACGCGCUAUCGCGCUCUUCAAGAACAUUUCAUGCCGGUCGCCGUUGCGAAGGCUCUCGCCGAAGAGCAAGCGCGAAACCCGGACACUCCGCCCCCGGAUGCUGAAGAGGUCAAGAUAUGGCUGCCAUCCAAUCUCACGCGCGAAGAACGUGAAGAAGGCUGCGUCGAGGGGCUCGCCAAAGUUGAAGAUAUUCGCAACCGCCUGCAUGCGAGGCGGUACAUCAUCAACGAACGCAACGCUCAUGCAACAGGGCAGCAACAGUCUACACGCGCACGCAACAUCAUCGCCCGUCUCGACGAACGGAUCGAGCGAGUCGCGGAGAAGUAUCGCGCUGCCCGCCGCGGCCUGUUCUGCAUCACCCCCGCCAACGACUAUCCUGCGUUCCGCGAGCUUAGGAGCAGCGACCUUAGCAUCGACGACGACCGAGAAGCCGAUGGCGCCAGCACGGAACGCCUGAACAACCACGGUGAGCGUGGCAGUCGCGCAAUCAGCAACACACGCAAGACCGACGCGACGCCGCUGACUGCCCGCGAUCGUGCUAUCGCAUCCGUGCGCGAUGCCGACUCACGACGCAACCUCACCUCGUGGAUUUGGACGGCGCUCGGCGGCCCCAACCAAGACACAGAGGCUCAAGUUCACGAUGCAGUUCGCGUUGAGUGGGCGAAGGCGCGCGCACGCUCCGAGCGCUGGACUGAGGAGGUCAACAUCAUCACCGAGGAGAUGCGUCGGGUCCUCCGGUGCCUACGCUGGAAUUGUCGCCAUUGGGAGGAGCUCGCACGCUUUGAGGGGGAGCUGGAUCCUGCAGGCAGGGCUGGGUUACGCGCAUACGCGCUGCGUCAGGCUCACCUUUACGGCCGCUUGCGAACCUCGUUCCACGUGGCUUGGUCAGCAGGUUCGGGGAAGGCUGCGAGCCAUGGACAAAAGCCUUUUGGCCCCUGCCACUGGUGGAUUCGGAUGGAUUACGACGAGGCCCUCGACGAUUUCCACAACGGCGAGGACGUGUCCGCAGCUGGCGAGUCGGCGGGGUCGAUUCGCCGAAGAGACGAUGUAGAGGCGGAGGAGGCCAGGUCAUUCCUGUCGCGGUCGCCAUCGCGCGAACCGGUGCAGAAGCGCGCGCGCGCUGACGAACCGCCACGGGCAGGGCCGUCGAACGCGCCUGCACGCGCGCCAACGUCAACCGGCCCACGAGCAGGACGAGGGGGUGACUUUGGACGAGGAGGUUGUAGAGGAGGACGACCGCGCGGGCGCGGAGGCGCUCGCAACUUCAGGCUCGGACCCUUUGGGGCUCCGAACGAACCGUUCUCGCCAUUCCGACCGGCCAACUGGACCGGUGGCACGGACGGAUGGGCGACCACGACGCAUGGGCCCGGCGUGUUCCCACCAGGCCAUGAGCCAACCUUCACGCCGCUGCAGGAAGAUGAUGACGAGUCGGACUUGGGCAGUGGCGAACCCGACUCGGACAGUGAGAGGAUCCGAGAUCGGCGUCAACUGCGACGCAAGCGGGCACUGGAGUUGCGCGCCGAACCAUUGCACCCCGUCGCGGUCGCCAUCCGCGACCCGGCAGCCUUGCAGUACGUGCGCGAGCGUCAAGUGAUGCUCAUGAUGGACAUCACUCGUGUGCCCAAGGUCAUAUCCCGCAAUGGCGCCCUCACGGCAGCCACGGCGCCCUUGGGUCGGACUCGGAGGGUGGAUCGCACUCCGACCCAGCUCAUCAUCCAGAAGUUCAACGCCCUCCCGCGCACGGUUGCGGACCCUCGUCAUGAUCGUCCGCUGACGCCAACCCGAGAUGCGCCUCUCGGGGUAUGGAUCACCACGCUGGCCACGAAUGUGAACGCCCUGCCGCGAGGCAUUCGGACGAUGCGUUGGGGAACGCACAACGCGGACCCGCACUUCCUGGCCGUGAGCCAGGUGAGGACAUGGUGCACGCUGCAGCGGAUGUUGCCCGACGACACCACCGACUUCCAGUACAGGUGGUUGACGGAAGCGAUUCUCCUCAUCGGAGAGCUCGCCACGACGGGACCCGGGAAUGGCCGUGUCGGGUACAUCGCCUGGUGCGAGUCGUUUGGUGUGGAACUUAGGCUCAAUCGUGCAUUGUCUCGAUUCACGCCUAACCACGGACCGCUCGACAUGCCCCACUUCGUCAAGUUCCUCGCGAGCGAGUGUGGCAUCAACCCGAUCGAGUUCAAUGACAUGCUCCCCUUCGUCGCUGAGGCCUGCUACGUCAACUUACAGUUGGUGGAUGAGGUCGACAGAUCGCAAGCUGUCCUCGACUCGAUCGCGUCGCACGUCCUCCAGGAUGGCGGAAGAUGGCCCCAAGGGCUUCCCGGCCCGUCGUACUGGGCCACAUCGUCGCAGGACCCCAAGUGGUUCUAUGCAGCGCCACCGCUACCUGGCAGCGACCAGGUCCUCUUAGGGCACCGCAGUCCGCCGACGUGCAUUGACGCGAUCGCCGACCCCAACUUCAUCUACGCACCGAAUGACCCAGAGCAAUACCGGAUGCGUAAGCUUCCGGUGAUUGCAGUUGAGCGGUGGGUUAUGGCCAACGUGCCGCCCGCAGCGCACCCGACUGCGUCGGGUGACACAGUCGAGCGCGACGAGGAGAUGGGGGAUGCGAGCAAGGAGACGCCGUCGCAGCCUGAGGCUGUGGCCGCUACACCCAUCGACAACCCCUCCGCAUUGAGCGCCGAGGGCAGUGCACAGCCGGAGUCGGGCGUCGACGCGGAUGUCCCGAAGGACGAUUUGGCACAACCCCUGCCACCGCAGGGCGAAGGGGCUGGAUCGGGGGCGGUCGACGCGUAG